UUUCACUGCGCAUGCGUGCUUAGAACACAACACAGGUUGGAGAGCCAGCAGUCAUCAUCGAGUAGGUUGGAGGCUUUUUGAAAUUGGUGCUAUUACUACUAGUGAAAUAGAUUCACAUUAUGGGGGGACAAUUGUCCUUCGAUGAGAAAGUCCAUGUGGUGAUUGUAGGUGGUGGGUUUGGUGGUAUUGCAGCUGCCAAGCUCCUCCAAAGCCACGGGGUCCCCUUUAUGCUGAUCAACCCAUUAGAUGCUUUUCAUCACAAUGUUGCAUCACUGCGUGCUUCAGUUCAAAGUGGAUUUGCUAAGCAAACUUUUAUUCCAUACAAAGAAACAUUCGGACAGUUUUUUCUUCAGGGCAGAGUGAUUCGAAUAGACACUACGGACAAAUAUGUCGUGCUUGACAAUGGAAAGGAAGUAAGUUAUUCACACCUCAUUCUCUGCACUGGGUCAGAAGGGCCUUUUCCUGGGAAAUGCAACAUUGUGGAUUCCUACCAUAAAGCGAUUGAGAGUUAUGAAGGCAUUGUGAAAGAGUUCCAGGAAGCUGAAUCUGUGCUUGUGAUUGGAGGUGGAGCCACUGGGGUAGAAAUGGCUGCUGAGAUCGGGACAGAAUAUCCAUACAAGAAGGUAAUACUUAUUCACUCACAUGACACCCUAGCUGAUGCAGAGCUGCUCCCCAGUGUAAGAAAAGAGGCCCAACAGGUACUGCUGGAAAAGGGAGUGGAAAUAUUUCUAGGCCAGAAAGUUUCAAACCUUAAUCAGCUGGAACUGAACGUGACUCAGAAGGGCCAAGUGGUCAAGACGGAUAAGAGCGAGCAGUUUACUGUCGAUCUUAUUAUUUGCUGUGCCGGGAACAAGAUCAAUUCCAAUGCCUACAGGUCCAGUUUGGGUCAGUGUCUGGCACCGGAUGGAGCCCUAAAAGUGAAUAAGCACAUGCAGGUGGAGGGCUUUGACAACAUAUAUGCUGUUGGGGACUGUGCUAAUGUAAAAGAACCCAAGAUGGCUUAUCAUGCUGGUCUCCAUGCCAAGGUUGCUGUGGUAAAUAUAAUUAACAGCCUGGCUGGAAAAGCACUGACAUCAUACAACACAGGAAAUGUGACAAUGUUAUUGGCUAUGGGCAGAGAUGAUGGUGUGGGCCAAUUUAAUGGUUAUAAACUACCUCGCUUUUUAGUCACCCUUGGAAAGAGUAAAGGCCUACUUCUCUGGAAGAGCUGGAUGGAAAUGGGACAGAAAGCCCCCAGCAAGUAGGCAGCCACAGCAUGUAUUUUUGUGUCAUUUACAAAUUUGUAUGUUGUAUAACAGGAACAUGGGAAAUAAUUGUUAAUUUAAGGCCAAUUGUAAAUUUUGGCUUAAUAAUUUUUGUAAACAGCAAUGAAAUAUAAUGAUAAAUUCUCCUGUUAUAAUCAAGUCCACUUCUUAGGUGUUCUCACACUGUCCCCUAUGAAAAUAUUGGAAAAAAAAUGAAAAUGAUUUUGAAUUUCAUCGUUAUACAAGUUGUGUAAAACAAUGUAGAACAUUGGAUGAUUUGUUUGAUUACACACAAGUUAUCAGACAUAUUGCAACAUGUGACUGGCAGGUAUGUAUUUUUUCCCAGGUGUGUCCUGUUAGCUUGAAUGUUUAAACAAUUAUUAGCUCUGAAUGUCUAUUUUAGGUUCAUUCCAAAACCAGCAUGACCACACCAGACUAGACCAGAGAGCUUUUAUGGUGAAAAAGCUAGUCAUAUUGAAUCUGAGAAAAGGGUGAACAUUGAGGAGAGCCAUUGCACAAGAAUGAUGCAUUUGCCAGUACAACAAUUUGGAAUGUCUUCUAAAAGAAAGAAACAACUGGUGUAAUACAACCAGACAUGGCACAGAUCAGCCAAGAAAAACAACAGCAGCUAAUGACAUUAAUAUGGUAAAAGCCAUGAAUGAAUAAAUAAAUAAACAAAGAAAGGAACAAAUAGUGUGAGAAAGAAACAAAUAACAACUGAAAGAAGCUGUGGCACAAGACUGUGUAAAAGAAUCACAAAAUUGCAGUUAUAGCAAGUAAGUGACAGACAAACAAACAUUUUGUGUUUAAUUUACUUGAAAAACUAGCUGUGGCUAGUAUUUUGUGGUCUUACACUACGGGUGCCAUGUCCUAACUAGUUUCACAUAUCUAGAUGUAAACUAAAGUGGAACCUGAAAUUCUAGUAUGUCAUAUUUGUGUUUUGAACUCAAACCAAAUCUUCCAUCAAAAAAACAAAAAAAACAACCUUGUUGUAUACUUUCGGCGGGUUCUGUAACUGUGACAUUUAAAUGAGAAACAAAUAUAUAUUAAAAUGCUGUUAAUGGCAUUUUAAUGUCUUUCAUGAAAUGAGAUUGUUUUUGCAUUACUAACAUGGAAGAGAAAAGGUAGUAGACUUUUCUUUUAAAUCAUUAUAUUUCUAAUAAACUAUGCUGCUCUUUUAUUAUUAAUAGUAUAUAGUCAUUGAUCUGCAUUUAGAAUUUUAGAAACUUGUUGGAAGUUCUAAGCACAACCUUAGACAACAAUAUGUUUAGUGUGAUCAACAGUGUUUACACCAGUGGCGGGCGGUCAGGGCACUAAACACUAUCAGAAGCACUGACCUACAUUUACAACCUGAAUUCUAAUAUUUGUUCCAUGAAAUUGUAUUAAUUUAUUUCCAACAGUUUAUUCUCUUGAUUCCGUAGUGUUUCUCUUGGCUGCAAUGCUUCCAGUAUGUGUAUGUGGAUGUAAAUUUUUUUGUCCAAUCAGAUUUUAGUCUCUAUGUGCGGCCAUGGCAAUCUAAUCUGCCCAGGGCCUUCAAAGUCUGUUCCACUAGCCUUUUUACUAUAGCGAAUAUAUCAAUAGGUUUGUUUCUUUAACCAAUCAGAUUUCAUAUUCGCCUCACAGGGCCAGCUAGCUGGCCCAGAAUAGCGUCAGCAUUUUUCUGUUCUCUGAUUGGUUGGUCAGAGGAAACUGUUACAGCCAAGUUUGACUGGCAAAACGCGUGUGUAGCUCUGAACACAUUAAUACAUCUGAGUUACUGAGUUAGUCCCUACUGAAGUUAAACGUAAAGAAAAAGAAAAGUGCACAUUCUGUGUAAAACACAUGAUCAGUUUAAAUUAAAGACCUAUGUGAGCCAAUAUAAGAUCAAUAUAAAGCGAUUAUAAAUUAUUGACAAAAAUACUGAUGCUCUGGAUAACUGUAUAAAGAAUUGCCUUAUGUCACCUCUAGAUGGUGACAAAAGUCUGAAACAAAAUUGUAAUGGAAAAUUAUUUGUGGACUCUUAAUAUGUAGAUACAGAAAUCUGAAAUAUGCUACACACUAAUUUGUGCAAAGCUGCCUAAAGAGUUUUCACUGGGAAAUCUCUCUUAUGAGAAGAACUGUUCUGAUAAAAUGUGGAACCCAUAUGGAACCUUUAAAGGUUCCCCCAGUGGGGCAAGCUAAAAAAGAUUAAAGAUUGUAGUUUUUUACCUUUUGUUUCCAAGAGUCUUCAUAAUAAAUGUUAUUUAUAAAUAUGGGUUUUACUUGUAUAGCUUUUUAAUCCUUUGACAUUGACACAAAGCAGCUGUGGAAAAAAUAAUAUAUAAAAUUUAGAUUUAAAAUCUGUGCCUGUUUAUUUGGCAGUAUCAUUGCAUUUAUCCAACCUAAUACUUGAAUGCCUCCAGGACCAUGCAGAGUUAUGAAUAAAUGUAUUUGAGUCCACAGCCUAUUUGGACUGGGAUAAUAUGACAAAGGUUUUUUUGUUUGUUUUUGUUUUUGUUUUUUUCUAUAUUACUGUAAAAGUACAUAAAAUACCUGACAUUCUUAAAUGUCUCAUGAGCACAAAGAAAAGGUUUAAAAAUGCUUUAAUGUUACCAAAUAUGUUGAUGCAGUAUACUGAAUAUACAUACACACAAGCAUUUUCACCUAUAAUACUCCAUAUUAAAAAUAUUGUUACAUUUACAGAA